AUGAACCAUACCAAUGGAGUUUCAAGUGACCCUAUUCAACUGCGCCAUUUGGCUUCUCAAGUCGAGCAUGCUUUAAAGCUCUCCAGAGAUUACGCCCAUGGCGCACUUCGCUCCGAUGGCCACUGGUGCGGCGAGCUCAGAUCAAACGUCACGAUUACUGCGGAAUAUAUCUUUCUUCGACAGGCUUUAGGACUCGAUUUAAACGUCGACAGCGCAGCCUAUCGUCGACACAUUUUGUCUGAACAGAACGAAGAUGGCUCAUGGGGACUGGCUCCCGAGCAUCCAGGCGACGUAUCCACUACAGCAGAGGCAUAUUUGGCUCUCAAGAUCCUGGGCCUCGAUCCCAGCGAUGCAGCGAUGCAGCGUGCUCGGCACUUUGUGCUGAAAGCUGGAGGUAUUGCGAAAGUCCGCGUGUUCACGCGUAUCUUCCUAGCAACCUUUGGCCUGUUCCCCUGGGAUGGAGUGCCACAGCUCCCCGUGGAACUGAUUCUUCUUCCAUCAAGUUGUCCGAUCAAUAUAUACACGUUUGCUUCUUGGGCUCGGGGUACGAUUGCCCCUCUGUUACUGAUCUGCCAUCACCAACCGAUCUUCCCACUGCCAAACGGAAAGUUCGCCAACAAUGACUAUCUUGAUGAGUUGUGGCUUGAUGCCACGAAAAAAAACGUGCCAUAUGGCCUGCCCAUGCUGGGAUUAUUGUUCCAAGGUGAUCUUCCGGGCGUUGCAUUCACCUGUGUGGACAAACUACUCUACUGGUUGAAUGGACUACGCUCCCUCCCGAUCGUCCGCUCUCAUGCUCGACGCAAAUGCCUCGAAUGGAUCCUCAAUCGACAGGAAGAAACCGGGGACUGGGCGGGGAUCUUCCCACCCAUGCAUGGCAGCGUGUUUGCGUUCGUCCUCGAGGGCUACAAGAUAGACGACGAUCCGGUCCGGCUGGGCAUCCAAGCCAUUGAGAAUUUUGCCUGGGAGGAUGACCGGGGCAAACGAAUCCAAGCCUGUAUCUCACCGGUGUGGGACACGGCCCUCAUGUCGAUUGGACUUUGCGACGCCAUGACGCCCGAUCAACACGUCGUCGACCGGGCCAUUACCUGGAUCCGAAAUCGACAAUUGAUUGUGCCUCAUGGGGAUUGGCGUGUAUACCGGCCGGGACUACCACCGGGUGGCUUCAGCUUCGAAUACACCAACACCUGGUAUCCCGACGUGGACGACACGGCGGCCAUCAUUCUCGCCCAGAUCAAGCAUGACGUGGCAUCUAUUGGAUCUGACUCCGUGAUGGCAGCCGCAGCAUGGAUUGUGGGGAUGCAGAAUCCCGAUGGGGGCUGGGCUGCCUUUGACGUGGAGAAUGACAAGCUGUUCCUCAACAAGAUUCCAUUCAGCGACAUGGACAGUCUAUGCGAUACAUCCUGCGCGGACAUCACGGGGCGUAUCCUGGAAGCCUUCGGAUUGAUGAUCAAGCACGCGCCAGAGAAGACUCUCACCGGUGAUUGCUUUUCUGCACUACGCGCAGCUUGCGCUCGUGGCAUCACAUACAUUGCGUCUACGCAGGAGUCGAGUGGCGCUUGGUUCGGACGAUGGGGUUGCAACUACGUGUAUGGCACGAGUCACGCACUGUGCGGUCUUGCAUACUUCGAUGAUCCGCGAGUGUCCGGAAUGGUGUUGCAGGGGCUGCAGUGGCUGAGAUCCAAACAGCAGGCCGACGGGGGUUGGGGCGAAUCACUCCUUUCAUACCGGUCGCCAAGUCAAGAUCAGCAGAGUUCCACUCCAUCUCAGACUGCAUGGGCUUUGAUGGGAUUGUUGGCACAUCUGCCUCCCACAGACCCUGCCAUUGAGCGCGGUAUUCGAUACUUGGUGGCCAAUCUCCAGCCAGAGGAGAUUGGAUCUUCGUGGCCUGAAUCUGUGUUCACAGGAACUGGAUUCCCCAGUCAUUUCUAUCUUGGGUAUGACUACUAUCGCCACUACUUCCCCAUGAUGGCCCUCGGGCGCUAUUUACAGCACGUCCGUGAGAGCAAAUAA